AGAUUAGUAUGAAUUUCAUUUUCAUCGGUAGCAAUAUGAAGGUGACAGUGUUGUUCAUUUUGCUGACCCUAAAUAUCUCUGCUGUCGCAGUGCUUGUCCAGGAAGAUGACAGUUCUGAGCAGUGUUCCAAAAAAGACCACUCACUUUGGAAAUAUCCUAUAGGCGACCCUAAAUAUUGUAUUCACGGUGGUAACAAAGAUUUGCUUCGAAUGGAAGUUCUGCCCGGAACAGGCUGGGAUAACCUGAGAAACUUGAACAUGGGGAUGGUAAUCUGGAAGAACUAUUCUCAGUGUUUAACGAGUGAGGAUGGCAAAUACCUGAUUCCUGAUAAUACUUAUGUCGUCCCUCUAAAGGAAAGCAACGUUAUCUUAAAUUCUGAAUACUUCGAUCAUUGGAAUAACUACUCUUCGAUGACAUCAAAUUCUAUAAACGCUGAGGCGCAUGGAUCUAUCUUUGGAAUUGGAAUCAGUGGGAAGUUCUCAUCGGAAUACGAAGACGUGAAGAAACACCAAGUUGAAGAUAAAGCAGUAACCACUCGGGUUCAGCUAAGGUACAGAUUUUACACUGUAAAGACUCAGCCUGACAUGCAGCUACAUCCCGAUUUUAAAUCCAGACUACUCGAUAUUGCUGCUAAUUUGCAGUCUAAUAACACUGCUAUGGCACGGUAUAUGGCGGACUUGAUUGUUCGUGACUAUGGGACUCAUUACAUUACAAGUAUUGAUGCAGGGGCAAUCCUAGCCAAARUCGACCACGUAAAAACUACAUACGCUGCUACCUUUCAGAUGGAUAAAAGCAAGAUAACUGCAUCAGCGAGUGCUUCUUUCUUCGGCUCCUUUGGAAUCAGUGCGUCUUACACUCGACAAACGGAAACGAAAGACUUGGACACAUACUUAAAAAACAUUGCAUACUCACAAAUGCACACGUAUGGUGGAUCAGCUUAUCGAGCAAACUUUUCAAUCAACCAGUGGGAAGAUUGUUUGUCAAAUAACCUUGUUGCCGUUGACAGGUCUGGAGAUCCCUUACACUAUGCAAUUACCCCUGAAGCACUUCCUGAGCUACCAGAGGCUCUUGCAAUGGAUCUUAGUCUAUUUGUUUUACAGUCGAUUAAAGAUUAUUAUAAGCACAAUAGUAUUAAAGGAUGCACCGACGCCAGCUCGCCGAAUUUUAAUUUCCAGGCUGUUUUAGACGAUCAUUCAUGCGAGGCUCCGUACAAUAACUUCACGUUCGGUGGUCUCUACCAGCAAUGCAGUAUAUCAGGUUCACCAAGUAACAAUCAUUGUGGAGCAUUCCUACAGAAAAACCCCAAGACAAAUGACUACACAUGCCCAGAAGGAUACAACGCAGUACUUGUUCAUCAGGGGCUGACUCCAACGACAUGCCAUCGUGAAUGCCAUGGAUGGUGGAUAUUCAAGAGUUGCCAUAACGAUUGUGGAUAUGCCAACUACCUUACUAACUGGUGUGUGGCCACAGGUUUAGUGAAAGAUUAUUCUGGAUAUUUGUUUGGUGGACUAUAUAACAAGAUAAGCGCAAACCCUCUCACCGGUUCUCCCAGCUGUCCCCCGAAGUUCUAUCCUCAGCGGUUCGGUCCUGAAGGGAUGUAUGUGUGCAUCAGUGAUGACUAUGAGCUAGCUGCUAAGUACUCGCUUCCUUUCGCCGGAUUUUUUAGCUGUAGUGCAGGAAACCCUUUAGCAUUUAAGAACACCGUGGUUGGACUGUCCSAUGAACGAGGUUUGGAAAGCACUCUAUUUAAGUCUGGUUCAUCAAGCUGGCCCAAGCGUUGUCCCACAGGGUACUCCCAACACCUUGCAAUAAUCGAUGAAAAUUGUGAGAUCAACUAUUGUGUCAAAGCAAAUGCACUAUCAGUUCAAGGCCUUCCUCCAGUUAGAAGACCUCCUUUCCGAUCACCACCCAAAAUGAACCACAACAUUACAAUACCUCUAUCAAUAUUCAAUGAUGAUUUUGGUACAGUUUGGUUUAAGGAACCUCGCUCUCUUCGGUGGAUGCUUGUCAAUAAAGGCACUGUAAUGAAGUAUUUAGCAGAAAGGGACAUUAGUAAAGGAGCGCUCGAGAACUUGAAGUCUUCAUAUGAAAGGGUUGAUCCUCAAAUCAAGACUUCUAAAGGACCGAAAGAGACUGCAAUGUCAGAUGGGGAGGUAGUGGGUGUAACAAUUGGCGUUAUCGUAUGCGUGGCAGUGCUGAUCGUGGCAGUAGUUACAAUACGUCGCAGAAAGCGUAAUGGAGGCACAAAUAAAUAUACUUGUUCUCUUUUGACUCCUACGAACUAUCAUUCAAUGGGAGACUCUGAGUGCAAUACUCAGGUAAUCGGAAGUAAGUAAACUCUUGGCGAGUAGUUUGAGUAGUUUAAAUUGUGCUGUGGAAGGCAAAGUCAGAUUUGAAUUAGUAAUGAUAUUGACAAAAACUCAAGAUAAGAAAAAAGUAAUGAUAACGAAAACGAUGACGAUAGCGAUAAUAAUGGUGAGAAUAAGAAUGAUAAAAAUGAUUAUAAUAAUAAAAACUCAUCAAGAUUAGAAUACGACGUUUCAGAGUUUUUCCCUUGAGACUUGUGAAAAAAACAAAGUUAGUGUCACUUUCUAAACGAUGGGUUUGAAGUUGAAAACUGCAUGUGUGAGCUCACUGAAUCUGUAUUAAAAAUCUAUAUUGUGUAUGAAGCAUUUUAAUUCUUCAGUAAAAUUUGUUUUGAUGAUUGUUUAACUUGAAAACCUUAGACAAAUCCAAAAAUAUCAAGUGUCAUUAGAAGGUACAUCUGUUUGAUGAUGGCACAUAACACUAGAAGUAAAAUUAUCAAUUACAAAUUAAAGAAAAACAAGAAAAGAACAAUGUACUAGAUCUGUCAGUUAGUCAAAGAAGACUGGUAUAUGUAUUACUAUCAUCUUUCUUUACCCUAAACAAUCAUCCCCUUAUGUUUUGACCUCUUCUAUAAGAAUUUGACCUUAAUCAAUGACAAGCUUUGGGCCCCUUCACAGCCAAGAUGUCAAUGUAUAAGUCUUUAUAGGCAAGCUGGUUAUUUGGCUCAUGUUUUCUUUAUUUCAUCCUCUCAGAAAUGGUAAUAAUAAAGACACAUUAUCAAUAAACCAUUGUUCUACUAUUGUA